AUGGCACCCAUUCGCCGUUACCUACGCAUCAGCAAAUAUUCCGUGCUUGAAUGCCGUAUUUAUCUGGAAAACCCAUCUGACAAUCGCUGGCUGCUCAACCCUCGCGAUCCCGUUCUACCUCGCGUCUUCGAUGUGAUCCGACCGUUGGUGUUGCCGAAGCUGCGCGAAGAGAACGAGCGACGAUUUCUUCGAAAGAAGAGUAAAGUCACCAAGGAUGUCAUCGUUGAAGAUGAUUUCGAAGUAGGUAUCUUCCUCCGCGAAUCGCGCACCCGCCACUCCCUCUUGACGCGGCAUAAAACGUUCGACCAGCCAGAGAAAACGGAAGAAAGCGACUCCAAGGCACUCGGUGUUGCCGAUCCUGCAGACGUACAGGUCAUCGACAGUGAUAGCGAUUCCGAGAUUGACUUGCGCGACAUUCCUGAAGUGACCGAUGUUGACAAUACAGACAACCAGCCAUCGCGGAAAAGAAAGAGAAAGGCUUCAUUGGAUGUGAAAGAUGAAGAUACAGAUGAGAAAAAGUUGGGGUUCAGCACACACUAUGAAAGCUUCAAUAUCUCGGGCUGGGUGCUAUGUCUGCUCAUUUCACGCAAGGCGGGCCAGACAAGACCGGUUGCAACCUCUGAGCCAACACAACCCUUGAUGGAGCAAUGGAUUUCGACACAAGCACAAGCCGGCGAGGAUUGA